AUGAGGCAAGAAAUCUCUCUUCCAUCACCCGACAGAAAGUCAAAUUCUGACGUCGCAGGCUCACAAACUGAUUCCUCAUUUACUAAAUUACAGUCCAAUCACAGUACACUUCUUCAGCAGUCCCUGCAGUCACAGCCCACCACAACAACCUUGGUUGUAGUCCCUGAACUAGGUGCCCAGAAGUUGGCCUUCAACGUCUCAAAGGUCUCCCUUACCAUCCCAAUCAAGGGCAAGCAUGAAGGCAUGGGAGCCAAGCACUUUUUGCAUGAGAGUCUUCCUCGUCUCCAAUACAACAACCCUUCAGUUGUAUUCGAAGUUGCUAAGAACGUAGACCCCAAGACUAAGCCUGAACUCACCAUUCACUUUAAUGAACAAAGCCCAAAGAUUUUGGCUAUUCCCAGUCUUCAUUCCGAUGUGAUUUGUGAUAUGCUCUUGCGUGCCACUCCAUAA